AUGGUAAUCGCAAAGUGUGUGCUUGUCAGUUGCCUGCAAAGGUUUUCACGGCUUGGACAUAUAAGAACCCUGGCUGAAGGUCCUUUGGAUGAAGGAGGGAAUGACCAUUGCUCUUACUUUGUGUGGCUUGAUGAAGAAGAAGUGAAAGGUUGGCCUAAGAUGGCUUUGAUUCAAGCUCGAGAAGAAAUACGAGAGAAGAAGAAACGGAUCAAUGAACUUACGGCCACUGUCAAUGAGCUAUCGGUCACUGUCAAUGAGCUAACGGCCACUGUCAAUGGGUUUUGUAUGGAGUUGGAGCAGCGGAAGGUGAAGAAACCAGCUUCUCUUGAAAUGGUUGUGUAUCGACGAUGCAUAAUUAUGUGA